AAGCGAUGCGUUUUAGACGAUAGGUGUGUAGAUUGAAGGAUAGAACAGACAGGGUAGAAAUACCCAGUUCUGCAUUAGAUCUAAACUAUACUAGCGUACAUGUGACCUGAUAAAAUUACUCCCAUUACAAUAACCCUACAAGGAAAUCACCAAAUCCCAUCAAACAUCCAAAAAUCCCAUCCCCAUCCCCUCCCCCAAAAAUGUCUCGCGUCCUAACCGACAAACUUCGCAUCGAGCCCGAAUUCACAGAACCCGAAGACUAUCUCCAAACCUCCCUCUCCGUGCUCUUUCCCGACGAUAUCCAAAACCAUCACGGCGAUAGGGAUCAAUAUAUUGUAUAUACAUCCCCAACAUUAGGCGAGAUAAUAUUAGAACUAUCUGCGCCAGCAGGUGAAAAAGGUCGUCUAUUAUUCGCGCAUUAUGUAUGGAAUGCCGGAUUACAAUUAGCGGAGCUUUUUGAAGACGGGGAUGGGAAGAGAGGUGGUAGGGAACGAUGGGAGGUUACUGGGGAGAGUGUUUUAGAAGUGGGAAGCGGGACUGGGAUAGCGGGGAUAGUGGCUGCGUUGAUGGGUGCAAAAGAGGUGGUUCUUAGCGAUUAUCCUGACAAAAAUGUGCUUGCGAAUUUACGGACGAAUGUAGCGAAGAAUAUUGAGGCCAGCGGGUUCGGGGAUGUGACGGUACAAGGUCAUGAAUGGGGAGUUUUGGACGACCAAUUCUCGAUAGAUAAUAAAGAGAGGUUUACUAGGGUGAUCGCGUCAGAUUGUUUGUGGAUGCCAUGGCAGCAUGAGAAUCUUUUGAAGUCAAUUAGGUGGUUUUUGAAGGAAGAUGGACGGUGAGUGGUGAAGGAGUUGUCUCAUUCUUUUUUUUGUUUCUCUUGCCCUUACCUAGUGGAAAAUAUUGAGUUAGGUACAGAUGAGUGGAUGGAAUCCCCCUUUGGCAGAAGUACUGAUUCAAUGAAUAUGUAGGGCUUGGAUAUGUGCAGGUUUCCACACAGGCCGGGAAUUAAUGCGUGGGUUCUUCGAAGACGAAAAUCUGGCAGCAGCUGGGUUGGAAAUAGAAUCCAUCUAUGAAAGGGAUGCCAACGGUGUUGAGAGAGAGUGGCUUACAGACAGAGGAGCAGAGGAUCGAGAUGCCUUCGCCAGAAAGCGAUGGUUGGUAAUCGCCAUUUUAAAAAGGCGAUAAAUCUGUUAGUCAAAAGUCCCCAAAUGGUAAUAGAAAUCCAAAGAUACUUUAUCCAUAAUCACAUACUUUGCAUAGAAUUAUUACAUGAAGAUUU